CGGCCAGGGAGGCUGCGAGAGCCGGCAGAGCCGGGCAGAACACACCGGCCCCAGCCCGGCCCCGCUGCCAGCCCAGCCGGGGAGGCUGCAGAGAGCCCCCAGAGCCGGGCAGAGCUCACCGGCCCCAGCCCGGCCCCGCUCCGGCCCCAGAGCCCCGCCAUGGGCACCGCGCCCCCCGGCGGCUCUGGGAAGGCAGGGAAGAUGCCAGAAGGGGACAAAAUGAGUCAGUGUAAGCAAGAAGAGGAACAGCAGCAGAAAGAAGAGGAGCGGGAGGGUCUCAUCGAGUUCUACAGUUCUUACCAGGAGCUAUUCCAGUUCUUCUGCAGCAACACGACCAUCCAUGGGGCUAUUCGCCUGGUGUGCUCCAAAAAGAAUAAGAUGAAGACAGCCUUCUGGUCCGUUCUCUUCUUUCUCACCUUCGGCUUGAUGUACUGGCAGUUUGGGAUCCUCUACAGGGAGUACUUCAGCUACCCCGUCAACCUGAACCUCAACCUSAACUCCGACAGGCUGACUUUCCCGGCCGUGACGCUGUGCACCCUCAAUCCCUACAGGUACAGCGCCAUCCGAAAGCAGCUGGACAGGCUGGACCAAAUCACGCACCAGACCCUGCUGGACCUCUAUGACUACAACAUGUCCCUGCCACGGAGCGACUGGUCCCCUGUGUCCUCACAGAGGCGCAGCUCCAGGAGCCUGCUCCACCAYGUCCAGCGCCAUCCCCUGCGGAGGCACAAACGGGAUAAUUUAGUCAACCUGCCAGAGAACAGUCCCUCCGUGGACAAGAAUGACUGGAAAAUUGGCUUUGUUCUGUGCAGUGAGAACAACGACUGUUUCCAUCAGACCUACUCCUCGGGGGUGGAUGCUGUGAGAGAAUGGUACAGCUUUCACUACAUCAACAUCCUGGCCCAGGUCCCUGAUGCAAAAGCCCUGGAUGAGUCUGACUUUGAGAAUUUCAUCUAUGCUUGUCGCUUCAACGAGGCAACGUGUGACAAGGCGAAUUACACCCAUUUCCACCAUCCCCUSUAUGGGAACUGCUACACCUUUAAUGACAACAGCAGCAGCCUGUGGACAUCCUCGCUGCCUGGCAUCAAUAAUGGUCUGUCUCUGGUGGUGCGCACGGAGCAGAACGAUUUCAUCCCUCUGCUGUCCACGGUGACAGGAGCCAGGGUGAUGGUGCACGACCAGAACGAGCCAGCCUUCAUGGAUGAUGGAGGCUUCAAUGUCCGUCCUGGCAUCGAGACCUCCAUCAGCAUGAGGAAGCUGGGACAUCCACAGGACAYUCUUGUCUUGGAUAAUCAGCCCCUUGUGGAAGGAAACCUCUUCUGGACUGCCCUCGCUGUCACCCAUCACCUUUUGUCUAAAGAUUGCUCAUUUCUUUGCUSUUCAGGCUACUGCUAUUACAAACUCCUGGCUGAGUUCAAAGCYGACGUGCUGGGCUGUUUCCACAAGUGUCGCAAACCCUGCAARAUGACAGAAUAUCAGCUCUCAGCUGGCUACUCCCGCUGGCCCUCUGCUGUCUCUGAGGACUGGGUUUUCUACAUGCUGUCACAACAGAACAAAUACAAUAUCACAUCCAAGAGGAACGGAGUUGCCAAAGUGAAUAUCUUUUUUGAGGAGUGGAACUACAAGACCAACGGGGAGUCUCCAGCCUUCACGGUGGUGACUCUGCUGUCCCAGCUUGGGAACCAGUGGAGCCUCUGGUUUGGCUCCUCUGUCCUGUCAGUGAUGGAGCUGGCCGAGCUGGUUCUGGAUUUCAUCGCCAUCACUUUUAUCCUGACGUUCCGCUGGUGCCGCUCCCGGCAGAAGCUCUCUGCCCCCRGAGCCCCUCCAAACACUCAGGAUAAUUCUGCUUUCCAGGAUGAGCCCCCAGCCCUCAGUGCCCCCCAUCGCUUCACUGUGGAGGCUGUGGUGACCACGCUGCCACCCUACAACAGCCUGGAGCCACGGGGGCUGAGCAGGGACAGCGAGGGGGGACACGAGUGAGGCACAGCUCAAUCCUCUGAUCARCUGGAGCAAAGGCUGCACACUUUGUCUGUGUGUCCUUCCUUCCUUCUGGGGUGCUGCACAUGGACCGUAGCAAAACACUGCUCCAUGGUUGGCCUGGGUUCAUUGCUUUCACUUCUGUAGGUGAAUUCUUCAGUCUCAUCAAAUAAUUCUGCUCUGGGGGUGACCAGGGAUGAGAGUUGAUCUGAUGUAUGUAUGGGGAAGAUGUCCUCUCGAUUUCCUUMCACUCUGCACCUACGUGUGCUUGCUUUUCCCUCUGACAAGGAUGCUGCCACAGCUCUGGUGUGUCAUUAAAUAAAGAGGUUUGGCAGGUG